CAAGGGUACUCCGAUACACAAUCCUCAACAAGUCACAACUCCUAUUAGUUCAGUUACCAUAUCAUUCUUGGCGUCGUGAUAUUGGUGACCUGUUAUCUUAUCAUCUGCAUUCACCUUGCGCAUUACGUUCGAACGGCCUGCCGGGUCGAUACCCCACUUACAGUGACGAUCAAGUUCCGGAACAUAGCUUGAUGCCUUUUGCGAUAACGUAGCCUUGGGCGCUCACGAAGUCGCGAACUCUUGCUUAUAUUCUAUAAACUCACAUAUAUUCGGUCCUCAAGGACGGAAUAUCUCAGGGAGAUAAUCCAGGAUAACAUCACAGAGAGCCUCUUCAUCAUGGAGACUCUUAAGGCAGUAUUCUUCGGGCCAGAUCCUCAAGCGCAAAUGAGGAAAUGCAACCAACUCAUACGUGCCAACACCCGUCAAUUAGACCGCGACAUUGCCCAGUUGAGGAAUCUGGAAAGCAAGACACGCCAAUACAUCGUGAAUGCGUCACGCAGGGCUCAGCGAAAUCCUUCACAAGCAAAGCAGGCGACUGCUGAAACAAAGACCUUUGCCCGGGAACUUGUUCGGAUCCGCAAACAGUCCGCUCGGCUGACUACGAGCCGAGCCCAGCUUCAAAGUGUCCAGAUGCAAGUGAACGAGGCGUUUUCGAUGCGUAAGAUCCAAGGCAGUCUGAAAAAGUCGACUGGGAUUAUGAAGGACGUCAAUACAUUGGUCCGGCUGCCUGAAUUGACAGGAACCAUGCGGCAACUGGCGACGGAACUGGUGCGUGCUGGCAUCAUUGAAGAGAUGGUGGACGAUGCGAUACCCAACAAUGAGCUCUAUGAAGAAGAAGAAGAUGAAGCCGAGGCGGAGGUCGACAAGGUCCUACAGGAGAUCUUGCAGGGCAAGCUUUCCCAGGCCGGAGACGUCAAAGCCGAAGAACCGGCAGAAGGAGAGCCGGCUAUUGAGGACCAGAUGGAAGAUCAAGAAGCGGCCCUGGAACAGAUGAGAGGUCGAUUGGAAGCUCUGAAAAGCUGAUUAUGUAGGGAUUGAUCACUUCAGGCUGGUGCUCCAGGGAGUGUCUUGAUUCAAACUCAAGGAGUACUCUUUCAUUGAUGUAGUUGUGCGUUAUGUACAGGGCUAGAGCGAGCGUUCGGCGUUUGUCAUUAGGGACUUUUUUCUUAUUGCAAUGUAUCAAGGCUGGGCCUAGGGGCAGCAACUGACUCGGAUACACAAUUCUAUUUUGUUCGUGAGGAUGAU